AUGGGUCUUCAUGAGAGCUUCCCUGCGUAUGGGGGCCGUGGGCCCGGCGACCUUCGCCUGGGUCUUGCCCUAGGCGUUGUUGCUACUAUAUUUAUAGCAUUGCGAGUGUAUGUUCGGCUUCGAAUGAACAAAUUUGGAACUACAUCCCUGAUAUGGGCCCUAAUCGCUUGGCUCUUCACUGCCCUCACCCAAAUAUUCGGUAUCAUAUCUGUUCUCCACGGCCUAGGAAACCACAUCACAAUUGUGCAGGGAGUGGGCGAACUACACAACUUCCUUCUGUUCACAUGGAUCACGGUCUUCUUUUUCAACCUGGCAAUUCCGACCGGCAAGGUUGCGGUUGCUGCAUUCUUGAUUGAAAUGAACUCACAGAGUAACCCUAAGAUCCGACGCAGCCUUAUCAUCGUCGCCGGCUUGAACAUCGUUCUCAACAUUCCACAGAUUCUGCUCGUUUGGUUUCAAUGCAGUCCUCCAAGUGCGCUCUGGGAUCCUCUUCGACAAGGACAGUGUGACCAUGCAAAGAGCGUAUACUACACCUACUUUGUUGGUGCCGUGGCUGCUAUCUCUGAUAUCUAUCUCGCCAUCAUCCCUAUAACCAUGUUGGUUCCUUUGCGCAUUGAUCGAAAGUUGAAAUGGGGAUUAAGUUUUCUCAUGGGAUGUGGUGUCUUUGCCGGCGCUGCUGCAAUUGUCAGAACUUGGGCAGCCAAGUUUAUUAUGAGCGAUGACUCUUCAUACGGUGUAGGGAUUCUCUUCCGCUGGGGUGAAGUCGAAGAGUGGCUUGUUCUGAUCACAAUGUCAAUUCCACCCGUCUGGCCUCUUUUCCGACCUCUGACCCACCGGUUCAUCAAAUCCACCGGCAACCGCAGCCAGCCCCAAUAUAAGCUAUAUAACGAGUAUGGCCAGUUUGUCUCGACUACCCGAGCAACCCAGUCAGCCGCGCCUCCGAUCGUCACGACAACGAUAUCUAUUUCGUCUCACAAAGGCCAUGGGCCAAUAUCACCCGAUACCGUGGAUGCCUCAUCGUCCGAAUCUCUCUCCAGAUUCGGCGAAGACGAGCCGGAGACACCUCACACUAUCCUCAGCCACAAUGGCGACCCAGAAGGAUGGGUGGAGAUGAAGCACUUCAAGGAGCAAACCCGCACUUGA